AUGAGGGCAUCCUUGCUGGCGUGUUCGCUUCUCUCUUUAUUCUCUAUCCCCACUCUCGCUUCUUCUUCCGACAACGUCCUUGAAUCCAGAAAUGGUCGACUUGUGAAGAGAGCCGACGAUCCCGUCGACCCGGGUACCCUGUCUACUACCUUCAACGGUGUUGAAGUACCUCCCAUGAAAGAUUUGACGCCUGAUAACUUCGAGGAAACCGUCAAGGACGGCUACUGGUUUAUUAAGCAAUUCUCUCCUGCCUGUCCGCAUUGCCAAAAGAUCGCUCCGACAUGGCAGACACUCUAUGAAUACUACUAUGUAAGUGCUGUGGCCUUGCCGAUUAAAGAGUGUGCCCGUUCAAACCCGCUAACAAAAGUCUCUGAACUCCUUCCAUGGCUUCUACAAUUUUCACUUCGCAUCGCUGAACUGCCAGCCUAUGGCGACUUUUGCAAGAAAUUGGAUGUCAAGUACUUCCCGCAAUUCUCGCUGUAUCACAAUGGUGAAAGGGUGGAGGAGUACACGGGAAAGAAGUCAAUGGAAGGUCUGAGCGAGUACGUGGAAGACAAACUUGAAUCGAUCAAGCCUGGGUCUCGUCCUGCCAAGGGAGUUAACCUACCGAAGCCCGGCGCCAAGGGCGUGGAUACGAAGGCUGAACCAGAGGUCCCUGCUGCUAAAGACAAGGACCCCGAGGCAGGCGCCAAGGCCGGUGAAAAACACAAUGAGCAAGUUUCCGCCGAGGAUGCGUCUUCCGAGAAAGCUACUACGUUGAAGACCAAAACGAAACCAAAGGGAGGUCCAGCAAACCCUCAAGGACUCUCUGUUCCCCUCACCGCCGAGAGCUUCCAGAAACUUGUCACUACCACACAGGAUCCGUGGUUUAUUAAGUUUUAUGCCCCAUGGUGCCAUCACUGCCAGGCGCUUGCCCCUAACUGGCAGCAAAUGGCCAGGGAAAUGCAAGACGUCCUGAACGUCGGAGAAGUCAACUGCGACGCUGAGCCCAGACUUUGCAAAGAUGCUCAUGUAUCGGCCUUUCCCACGAUGUAUUUCUUCCGGGGUGGUGAGAGGGUUGAAUACAAUGGUCUUCGGGGCCUAGGCGAUCUAGUCAACUAUGCCAAGAAGGCAGUUGACGUUGGAUUGGGUGUUCAGGACGUCGACGCCACUUCCUUCAAGGAGCUGGAGGAGAAGGAAGAAGUCAUCUUCUUGUACUUCUAUGAUCACGCUACGACAUCGGAGGAUUUUGAGGCUCUUGAGCGCCUAACUCUUAGCUUGAUCGGCCAUGGACGAAUUGUGAAAACGAACAGCGCCGCCCUGGCUGAACGGUUCAAGAUUUCAACUUGGCCCCGCCUUCUUGUUGUCCGAGACGGUCGAGCCAACUACUAUACUCCGAUUGCCCCCAAGGACAUGCGAGACUUCCGACAGAUCUUGGGAUGGAUGCGCACUGUGUGGUUGCCCAUCGUCCCCGAACUUACCGCCUCCACGCCCGAGAAAUCAUGGACGGCAGACGAAUUCUUGCAGUCAAAGAGGGAGCUGAAGAGUGCCGCUCUUGAAUGGAUGGACAAGCAGGUUCAGUUGUUUCAGUUGGAACGGGCAGAGCUUCGGGACGCCAAACAGCUCCGAAUUGAGGAGGCUGAUGACCGUAACGACCAGCGCGCGUUGCGAGCUGCCAAGAACAUGCGCAUCACAAUCCGUGAAGAUGACAAGAAACCGGUCGGCUUCGCCUGGGUGGACGGUGACUUCUGGGAACGGUGGUUGAGAAAUGCUUAUGGUAUUGAUGUGGAAAAGGGGGAACGAGUCAUUAUCAACGAUCACGAUAACCGACGGUACUGGGACUCAUCUUCUAGCGGGUCUCCCAUUCUGGCCUCACGUACUUCUAUUCUCGAAACUAUUCCUCUUGUGAUCGCCAACUCCCCUAAACUGACACCGAAGUCCACUGUUGGCACUUUUGAGUCUAUCUUCUUCUUCGCUCGGUCCUUCAUCGUCAGCCACCCCAUACUCUUCGUUCUCAUCCUGAUCUUCUCAAUUGUUGGCGCGACAUUGUUGGCUCGAGCCAGAGGCCGUCGUGCCGGCCGCGGUGGCAUUCUUGGUGUCACUAACGGCAGCAAUGGUUUCUUUCACCUUGAUGGGAAAGAAGGUCUGCUGAACGGCGGCUCAACCGGGAAGGUAGAUUAG